UAAUUCUAGUCUAUGCUAUAAAACAUGCAAAGCCAAGUGUGAAAAUUAUUACCUAUCUUGAAACAUGCAAUCACACUCGGUGUUGAUUUUCUGUUGCUGGACUGCUCUAUGGAGCAUCACAGCUGCUGAGUGUGAUCAACAGAGCUUCUGUGGCCAUCCCCUCAUGGAUAUUGAGAUCCAGGGUAUGGUUCGUCAGAAUACGAGUGGUAGAAUCAAGAGGAGUUCUACGUAUGAGCCUAUCAGAAUCACGUUCUCUUAUGAUGAUACUUUCAACACUUUGUUGACACCUGCUCAGAGAAGCCAAAUUCAGACUGUGGUGAUUCCAAGCGCUGAGAUGUACUUUGAGUCAACACUCAGUGUGAUCAGAACCACCAGUAACUUACUUUUGGACAGAUCGUGUAACGACAAAGGAUUCCUUGUUCCGGUUACUGAUCCUCCAACAUGUUUCGAACAAUGCAUAGAACCACCUACUUGUGGACCAGUGAAAAUUCCUGAUGACCAUCUAAAGGAAUGUGUUGAGUGCAAUACUGAUCCCGCAACUUGCACCACAAGGCCUACCACUGUGAGGGGAGCAGGUGUACCUAAUACUGAUCUUAUCAUUUACGUGUCCAUUAACUGCUCUGAUGCACCUUCCGGAGUGGUGGCAUUCGCCGGGGCCUGUCAAAUGGAGAGUCAGCUAGACAGGCCAAUAGCUGGAAUGAUGACAUUUUGUCCUCCUGCAUUCACCCUCGAUAAUGAUACACUUGUAAGGGUUGUUAUUCAUGAAGUGUUUCAUGUUUUGGGCUUCUCCUCUGACCUGUAUCGUUGGUAUCGUGAUGAGAAUGGAAAUCCCAGGACUCCAAGAGAUGGGAAUGGUUUUCCUCCAAGCAAACCUAGCACCGAAACAUUACAGACAGAGACGUACACCGACUGGUCCACCAAAAAUGGCCUUAUCAGUCAUCAAGUGACACUCUUGGUCACUCCUAAUGUUCUAGAACAAGCUCGACUGCACUACAACUGUUCUAGCAUCAUUGGUGUUGAGUUAGAGAACCAGGGCGGAGGAGGAACAGCUGCUUCUCAUUGGGAGCAGAGGAUUAUGGGUAAUGAAGGGAUGACUGGCUUUCUUCUAUUCAGCCUACCAUUCUCUAGAAUUUCACUCGGCCUUCUUGAAGACAGUGGUUGGUAUAAGGUUGACUACAACAUGGCUGACGCCUUAGCUUGGGGUUUCAACUCUGGCUGUACAAUCCCUCACGGCAGCUGUAGGGAAUAUAUUACUCAGCAGCAAGAAAGUGGAGAGAGUAUUUCUCCAUAUUGUGAUGAAGUGGAUGACACUACCACCGGAUGUACUUUGGAUCACGAGUACCUAUCAAGGUGCAAUCUUCGGAGUAACGCCAAUCCUCCGGCCCAAUUCCAGUUUUUCAAUGUGAGUGCUUACGGUGGUGGACUAGAAAGUGCUGAUUACUGCCCUCUUGAGCGCAAUAUACCUUCAACGAGGUGUUCAGAUCCUUCAAACAACCCUAUGGAGAACAAUGGUGGUCAAUUUUAUGGAGCUAGCUCUCGCUGCUUCCAGUUGGGCAGUGAAUGGAUCAGAACUGAUAAUUUUGGUGUUAAAAUGUACACUGCUGAUGCAGGAUGUUAUCAGUAUGCUUGUACGUCUUCUGGAGUUGAGAUCUUUCUCGAGGGCAUGUCUUUUCUGUGCUCUUAUGAAGGGGAAGAGAUCAUCGUGGAUAUCACUGUGAAUGAUGUUCGCUUCCAAGGUUCUUACAUAUGCCCGUCAUGUGCCAGCGUAUGCUACGAUAAUCUGGACAGCUGUCUUGCACUGAUAGAUCCCAAUCCUUGUAAUUCUGGUCCUUGUGAUGUAAAUGCUGAGUGCACAAUAACUGGUCUAACUUCACCUGAGUUUAAUUGCUCCUGCAAUCCCGGCUUUGUUGGAGAUGGGUUCAUUUGCUCGGGAAUGACUAUGGGUGCCGACCCUCACUUCAGCGUGGUCCUCCCAAGUAAGAAGCUGUUAUGUUUCUCGAUUAUGGGCGAGCAAGGAUUUAGCUACAACCUCAUAAGCAAUAGCAAACUAGUGAUGAAUGCUCUGUUCUCACCUGACUCAAAAAAAGACGGGGUCACUUGGAUAGGAGCGCUAGGAAUUAUUGCUAAAAAUUCUGAAAGAGCCAAUCAGGUCGCAGUCUCCUUUACUGCUCGACAACAUCGUAUCGAGUUCAACAAAGUUAAAGUAUCUCCAGAAAAUAUUGGGAAAAUUCGAUUCAAGAAAGGUCAAGUUUAUAUUUCAGAUCGCUCAUCACCUAUUCCUCAUGGUGUGUACCCGUCUGUUCUCAUCAUUAUAGAGGAUGUCGGUGUCAACUUCACUGUUCACUUCAUGAAUGAGCACUUGGAUUUGUUUUGGCAUAACACCUCUUAUCAUAAUCACACACAGGAUUUUCAUGGAUUAAUCGGUCAGUUCUUCCGUAAAGGAGUUGAGAUCGACACCACACGCAAAAUUAUAAUCCUCCCCAAUAAGGAGCCUGUCCCAGUGAUUCGUCGUCCAUUAUGGUCUUUCAUGGAGAGAGAGCCACAACAUGACCAGUUUUGUUGGACUGCCAUGAACGCUGGCCACCAAGGGAAAGGGCUCAUUGAGGGAGAGUACAAUGACUAUCUUGUGGACAACAUUGGAACUGACCACUUCAAGUUUGCAGGCUGAAACAUAAUGUUUCUUAUUACAGUUAGAACAGUAUUCAGCAAGUUCCUUUUUUGCUUUUUAGUAGCAAGUGAUUUUGUUUGCUUCACUGUUUUAGUGGAUCUAGAUUUAUGAAUUCCACAAACAGACUCAUGUA